UUGCGAGCAGACGACACCACGAAGAGAGCAACUGAAAGUAGUAAAUUGUUUAUUCCUUCCUUCUCAAUUUCUGAGUAAGAGCUACUAGUGAAUCAUUUUCUCACCAAGUAACCAAGUAACGGGUAGAAAUGGCAAGUGGGAUGGUGUCAGCUUUACUUGUGUUUGUGGUCUUGGUGGUCGGCAAAGCAGAAGCAGAUUCUCCUUGCCCCUCUAUUGCGCAAUGCCCAUGGUGUCCUUACGGCUACGUCGAUGAAGACGACUGCCAGACUUGUAUCUGUAAACCAAAACCUCCUUGCCCCUCUGUUGCGUAUUGUGCUGCAUGUCCUUACGGCUACAUCUAUGAAGACGGCUGCCAGACUUGUAUCUGUAAACCAAAACCUCCUUGCCCUAAUGUGCGAUGCCCUGCGUGUUCUUACGGCUACAUCUAUGAAGACGGCUGCCAGACUUGUAUGUGUAAACCAAAGCCUCCUUGCCCUUCUAUUGCGCUUUGUGCUGCAUGUCCUUACGGCUACAUCUAUGAAGACGGCUGCCAGACUUGUAUCUGUAAACCAAAACCUCCUUGCCCUAAUGUGCGAUGCCUUGCGUGUCCUUACGGCUACAUCUAUAAAGACGGCUGCCAGACUUGUAUCUGUAAACCAAAGCCUCCUUGCCCGUCUAUUGCACAAUGCCCAUGGUGUCCUUACGGCUACGUCUAUGAAGACGGCUGCCAGACUUGUAUCUGUAAACCAAAACCUCCUUGCCCUAAUGUGCGAUGUCCUGCAUGUCCUUACGGCUACCUCUAUGAAGACGGCUGCCAGACUUGUAACUGUAAACCAAAACCUCCUUGCCCUAAUGUGCAAUGCCCUGCGUGUCCUUACGGCUACAUCUAUGAAGACGGCUGCCAGACUUGUAACUGUAAACCAAAACCUCCUUGCCCUAAUGUGCAAUGCCCUGCGUGUCCUUACGGCUACCUCUAUGAAGACGGCUGCCAGACUUGUAAUUGUAAACCAAAACCUCCUUGCCCCUCUAUUGCGCAUUGUGCUGCAUGUCCUUACGGCUACGUCUAUGAAGUCGGCUGCCAGACUUGUACCUGUAAUAAAAGUCCCGCAUGUGAAAUCAAAUGAAAGACAAUGUGUGCACUUCCUAUUUUAAAUAAGUCUAUAUUGUGUGCAUAUUGUGGUUGUCGUUAGCCAGUCCAUUCUCCUGUCUCUGUGAUUUGCUUAUGACUGACAUACUGAACACUGUUUGAAGACUAUCAACUCAUUCUGGACGUAAAGACCUAGCUCCUCAGCUGAAGCAUGACAAACCAAUUAGUUUACCGUCUUAGCUGUUUACUGCAGGAAAUGAAAAGUAGUUUUUGUCAGAUUUUGUCUGAUACUCGUUUAAAGAUUUACCCGAAACAUCAUCGAUUUGUACUAGAUUUUUGUAGGAGAGAAAAGUGUUUAAUAAUCAACUGGAAAAUAAAUGGAUACAAGGAACACCGUACUGAAUGCUUCGUAAGAUAGAUAACAGAGAGAAUGGGAGACGUUGAUGAUCAAAGAGCCAAUAGUUCUAUUUUAUGAGAUCCUGAAAUCAUUAAUAACAACUGUUAUAAGGAAAUAAGCUGUUUCCUAUUCAUGUAGUUUAUAAAUCAAGAUGAAAUUCUCAGUGAGGUCCCAGGCCUGCUGCCUAAAGAUCAGAUGCAGUAGUGUGUAAAGUAAAUUAAUCAUUUAUCUGAUUAGAGCAGUAUAUAACUUCAUUGGCUUGUACUAGAUACAUAUUCCUAGUAGUUAUUCUGUACGUUUAGUAGCAGCACAUAAUACAAUAAAGUCUGUGUUGUCAAAAUAAA